GUUCAAACGACAUAGCCGGCAAAUAAGGUUGAUAGUCUGUGCGACUCAGCUUAUCGCUGAUAGCGCGACUACCUGAAUCCAGUGUGUGCCUGUGCAUUGUCUGUCUCUAUACAGAUUUCCAACAUUUGCAACUUUUUGAUUUUCAGAAAUUCAGGAAUUGUUUUUAUUCCCCUCUGCCCUUGCUUUUCCUUUCAGUUCCAAAACAGUUGCAAGAAAAAUGAAUGUGCUUGUCACCUCAGUGUUGGGUGUGCUUCUGCACUCUGUAGCCGUGUGUCAAUCACAACAAAACUCCGAGCUCCUAAUCAACACCCAGUCAGGAAAAGUCAAGGGAACAAGAAUACCAGUCCUUUCCAGCCACAUCAGUGCUUUUCUUGGAAUACCAUUUGCAGAACCUCCAGUUGGGAACUUGCGGUUCCAGAAACCCAAGGCCAAGAAGUCCUGGUCAGGAACCUGGGAUGCCACAUCCUAUCCCAAGAACUGCCAGCAGUAUGUUGAUAAUCAGUUCCCUGGAUUUCCCGGUUCGGAGAUGUGGAAUCCGAAUCAGGAGAUGAGUGAGGACUGUUUGUACCUCAAUGUUUGGGUGCCUUCUCCAAGACCAAAAAAUGCAGCUGUCAUGGUGUGGGUCUUUGGAGGUGGUUUCUACAGUGGCACCUCAACAUUGGAUGUCUACGAUGGGAAGUACCUUGCUCACACUGAGAAGGUGGUGGUGGUCUCCAUGAACUACAGGGUAGGUGCUCUUGGUUUUCUCGCCCUGCAUGGCAAUGAAGAGGCACCAGGGAAUGUGGGCCUUCUGGACCAGAGGCUGGCUUUGCAAUGGGUGCAGAAGAACAUCCAGUUCUUUGGUGGUGACCCAGGGACAGUGACUAUUUUUGGAGAGAGUGCUGGCGGUGCCUCUGUUGGUAUGCACCUGCUAUCCCCAGACAGCAGAGACCUCUUUCACAGGGCCAUCCUUCAGAGUGGCUCACCAAAUUGUCCAUGGGCGACUAUCUCUCGAACCGAAGGACGCAGGAGGGCAGUGGAAUUGGGAAAACUCCUUAAGUGUAACAUCAAAAAUGACAGAGCAUUAAUCCGCUGUCUUCGGGCAAAGAAGCCCAAGGAAUUGAUUGACCAAGAGUGGAACGUCCUUCCCUACAGCAGUAUCUUCAGAUUUCCCUUUGUUCCCAUCAUUGAUGGGGACUUCUUCCCAGAAUCCCUGGACACUAUGCUGGACGCGGGCAACUUCAAGAAAACUCAGGUCUUGUUGGGCGUCAAUAAGGAUGAGGGUACAUUUUUCCUUUUGUACGGAGCGCCAGGUUUCAGCAAGGACUCGGAGAGCAGCAUCACCCGCAAAGACUUCAUGUCAGGGGUCAAGCUAAGUGUUCCUCAUGCCAAUGAUUUGGGGUUGGAAGCUGUAGCCCUACAAUACACGGACUGGAUGGACGAACACAAUGGUAUAAAGAACAGAGAUGCGAUGGAUGACCUAGUGGGGGACCACAAUGUCAUCUGCCCCUUGAUGCACUUUGCUCACAAAUACUCUGAGUUUGGCAACGGCAUCUACAUGUACUUCUUCGACCAUCGAGCCUCCAACUUGGCGUGGCCAGAGUGGAUGGGAGUGAUCCACGGCUAUGAGAUUGAGUUUGUCUUUGGACUGCCUCUGGAGAAGAGACUAAACUACACACCAGAGGAGGAGAUGCUGAGUAGGAAGAUAAUGCGCUACUGGUCAACAUUUGCAAAAACUGGAAACCCAAAUGAAUCUCCUUCAAAGGAGAACAGUUGGCCUCCAUUCACCACCAGUGAGCAAAAGUUUAUUGACCUCAACACAAAGCCCAUCAAAGUCAACCAACGUCUCCGAGUUCAGACAUGUGUAUUCUGGAACCAGUUCCUCCCCAAGCUCCUUGACGUUGCAGAGACCAUUGACGAGGCAGAGCGCCAGUGGAAGAUGGAAUUUCAUCGGUGGAGCUCCUACAUGAUGCACUGGAAGAACCAAUUUGACCACUACAGCAGGCAAGAGCGCUGUGCUGAGCUGUGAGCUUUGCAUUGCAGGUAGCCGUGAGGCAGAGAGCAGAGUCUGAUACUGACCAGACACCCAGUCUAGUUCCUGGUGACACUACAUGGCCCUCUGCACCUACCAACAAACCUUGCCUUUGAGACUGCUCCAAUGCAACCCAUCCCUCCCCUACCUGGACUCAGUCACACAACCUACUCCUCUCAUGCAAUCUCACCAUCACUCGUAAAUCUUCGGCUGCCACUCCUAUGGCCACACAUCUGUUUACUGUUGUCUUACUGUCCUCCAGCCCACCCACUGCAUGUUUCUGUCACGCCAAACAUUCUCUCUCAUGUGCACUCAGAUCAAUUUUCUCUCCCCCAAACACUUUCCCCUCCCCACUCUCUGCCAUUAUCCUCAUCACCCACUCUCUAUCUCUCCCCAUAUCUUGCUCCACUC